AUGUCUGGUAAUGGUUCGCAGAAGGUCAGCGACGUUGUAAGCACAUCUGGUGAUGGAGCCACAGCAAGCAUAGCAGAUGAAAACACAAAGAAGCCUGAAAAUCCAUGGGCGUCACCUCGCCAGGAGCCUGUCAAUGGCAUUGUUCAACCUCGCGUUAUCCCUCCAAUGGGGAAACCUACAAGGCACACCAAUCAGUUGGACUAUAUUUUGAAUACCGUGCUUAAGGAAGUAAUGAAGCACAAGCAUGCUUGGCCAUUUAAUGUUCCAGUAGACACGGUCAAGUUGAAUUUGCCGGAUUACCACAAAGUCAUUCGCCGACCCAUGGACAUGAAAACAAUUCAGAAGCGCUUACAGAACAUCUAUUACCAUUCUGCAAAGGAAUGCAUGGAGGAUUUCGAAGAUAUCUUCCGGAACUGUUACACCUUCAAUCAAGUGGAAGACGAUGUGACAAUUAUGUGCCAAAACGUCGAGAACGUGUAUAGGGACUGUAUGCAGAAUUUACCGGCCGAGGAAGUGGAGAUAGCACGACCGUCUUCUAAGCGUGGUCCGAAAAUUGUGCGGAAAGGUCCGUCUCCAGCUCCGACCGGGGCGCGGAAGUCAGCUUCAUUCGUUCGAGGUGGGAGCGAGGAUGCCCAUCACGUCUUAGAACAUUUUCAUAAUGCGACAUUACCUCCAAGAUAUAAAGGCAAAGCUACUGAAACUAUGAAGUUUUGCCACAAGGUGCUGCACGAGUUGAUGGGCAAGAAAUGCAAGGUUAGCACCAGUGUUCAUCUACCUUGUUACGAUGUUGACUUUUUUCAAUUUGGGUAUUUACAGACGUUCAACUGGCCAUUCUUGGUUCCUGUCGAUGUAGAAGGAAUGAAAUUGUCUGAUUAUUACGAUAUUAUCUCCAAUCCUAUGGACCUUGGAACAAUUAAGAAGAAAUUGGACAACAAACAAUACGCAAAUGCACAGGAGUUUGCGGAUGAUAUUCGAUUGGUGUGCAACAAUUGUUUCCUCUACAAUCCGAGUUCCGACGCAAUUUAUCACCACGGACGAUCUCUUUUGCGAGCUUUUGAGGAUCGGGUUAAUUUGAAACGUCCUCCUCCUAUUACGUCUAAUGAACCGUCAAAGCUGUAUUGUGGUCGUGGUCGAAGACCUGGUUCAAAAAACAAGCCAAAGGCAGAGGCUUCGGCGAAUGGAAAACCAUGGAAGGACGAUUAUGAAUUUGACUCUGGCGAUGAAGCAUCUCAUGAGCCCAUGUCAUACGAUGAAAAACGGCAGCUCAGUCUUGAUAUCAAUAAGCUUCCGGGUGACAAAUUAAGCAUGGUUGUCAGUAUAAUCGAGAGCAGAGAAGAUUUAUCAGAUAUUAGUCCCGAAGAAAUUGAGAUCGACUUCGAAACACUAAAGGCCGUUACACUCCGUGAUCUGGAAGCUUUCGUAGCGGCAGCUCUUAAGAGGAAGCCGCGAAAAAGUAAGCAUUACGCAUACGGCGUGUAUAAAUUUUCCAUAUUCAUGGUUACUUAUCUUAAUCGUGCUCGUUCAUCAUCAGAGUCCUCUUCUGGUAGUUCUGGUUCGUCUUCAUCAUCGAGCAGUGACUCGUCUGACUCUGAAUCAGGUUAG